AAACGCCUAUUACUCCACCCGGAGUGAAGGUGUCGGUGCUGACCUCAGCAGGGGCAAGCCAAAACCCCAAUACGGGUGGAGGAGAGCCAACGGAGAUGUCUCGACGCGCGGGAAAGAAAAUCCAGGAAGGGCCAGAACAAACGCUCGUCCCAUCCCGGGUCGAGGAGCAAACCGUAACAAUGACAAGAGAUGAGAUGCAAAGGAUGAUAGCGGAAGCAGUGGCAGCUCAGCUCAAGCAAGUUCAACCCGAACAACCUAGGGUCGAGCCACUAAGGAUCGAACAGCCAAACAUCGAGCGAGAGCAACAGGCCCAGUCCAACGAGAGGCAGAAUAGGAGGGCAGAAGAGGAGGCUUCCUCUAUCAGGACUGUUAACCCGCAAGCGAGAGAUGAAACACUGGAGCAAUUGCUGCCCCAAGUGCGUGAUUUGCAAGCCCGAGUCGAGGGAAGAAAAACCAGUGGCUCGAGAGGACACCCGUUCUCACAGCAUAUCCUCGAUGCUGAUCUACCACAAGGCUUUCACGAUUUGAACAUAAGCUACGACGGGUCGACCGACCCUUCUCGGCAUAUGAGGAGUUUCGAGAAUAUGGCGGUGCUCCAUCGCUACAAUGAUCCAGUGCAAUGUCGAGCUUUCCUGACAACUUUACGAGGUUCCGCUCAGGAUUGGUUCCACCAGUUACCAGCAGGAGCUAUCAAGGAUUUCGAGGGGUUCAGCUCGAGUUUCCUCAAUCAAUUUGCUAGUGUCAGGCCACAAGAGAAGUCGUUUUUAACAUUGAUGGGCAUACAACAGAAAGAAGGCGAGUCGUUACGAGACUAUGUGGCAAGAUACGCCCGGGCCUGCGUCGAGGUGCCCAGAGCGUCAGAGGAGAUAAAGGCGGGGGGCUUGACCCGAGGGCUACUGCCAGGUCUGUGUAGGAACUCUUUAGCCAAACGCCCAGGCAGGACGUUUGAUGAGGUGCUUGGAAGGUGUGCAAAAUACAUGAACGUCGAAGAAGCAGAGGCUGACUUCUCACAGGCAUCUAAAACGAUCAAAAUAGACCCUCGAGACGAAAGAAAAAAGAAGAGAGUUUCCUCGACUGGGGAGAGAAAGGGGUCCCCGCGAGCAGAAAGGGAAGGACGGCCCAGAGGUUGGAGGCCGACUCAUUACAUUCCCCUGAUGGCUCCACAAGCUAGGAUCUUGGAAGUAAUGGAGAGGGAGAUUCGCGACCAUGUGGUAAGAUGGCCUAAGACAAGGAAUGAUGGACCAACGAGGCCUAAAAGCAACCCAUAUUACGAGUUGAGGGGGCAGUUGGUGGAAUUACUGAGGGAAUUUAGAGACAUCUUUGCUUUCCCUCCAGAGGAAUUAACAGGAAUCGAUCCGGAAGUCAUGGAACAUAAGCUCAAUGUCGACCCCCUCAAAAAGACCGUCAAGCAGCGACUCAGACACCAUGGGGCUGAGAUAGACAAAGCAAUCGAGGUCGAGGUGGAUAAGUUGUUAAAGGCCAAGCACAUCAAAGAGAUCCAAUUCCCCGAAUGGAUAUCCAACACUGUAAUGGUGAAGAAAGCAUUGAGCAAAUGGCGUAUGUGUAUCGACUUCCGCGACCUAAACUUGGCGUGUCCCAAAGACCACUACCCUCUGCCAAGGAUUGAUCAGCUAGUCGAUUCUACAGCUGGUUGCGAGUUGCUAAGCAUGAUGGAUGCAUCCCUGGGGUACCACCAAAUCCCAUUGGCCCCCGAAGACCAGAGCAAAGUUAGCUUUGUCACAAGCAAAGGGACGUACUGUUAUGUCGUCAUGCCCUUUGGGCUUAAAAAUGCAGGAGCAACAUACCAGAGGUUGAUGGAUCGAAUGUUCAGGUCGCAGAUCGGACGCAAUAUGGAGGUAUAUGUGGACGAUAUCUUGGUAAAAAGUAGGUCCUCGACCUCACACGUAGAAGAUCUGAAAGAAGCUUUCAAGACACUAAGGACUUAUGGGAUGAAGCUAAACCCAAGCAAAUGCGCUUUCGGAGUGAGGGCAGGGCGAUUCCUGGGCUACAUAGUGACUGAAAAAGGCAUUGAAGUAAAUAAGGACAAGGUGAAAGCCAUACUCGACAUGGCCCCGCCAAAAAAUGUUAGAGAACUGCAGGUCUUAACGGGUCGAAUUGCAGGCCUGAGCCGGUUCAUAGCUCGAGCUGUGGAAAGGAGUUUCCCAUUCUUCAAGUUACUUAAGAAAAAAGCUUUUCAGUGGAAUGACGAGGCUCAAAUGGCAUUUGAAAAGUUGAAGGAGUUUUUGAGCGAGCUGCCGUUGUUAACAAAGCCAGAGCCAGGCGAUGAAUUAGUUCUCUAUAUUUCGGUGGGAAUAUUUUCCCUAAGUUCUGUAUUACUGCGAGAAGCUGAAGGAGCCCAGCAGCCGAUUUACUAUACAAGUCGAGUACUUCAAGGCGCAGAGGCAAGAUAUUCCGAAGUCGAGAAGGCCGCCUUAACGUUAGUAAUCACAGCCAGAAAAUUAAGGCCAUAUUUCCUGAACCAUGCGAUAAUUGUAAGGACGAACUUCCAGCUUGGAGAAACCUUGGGUCGACCUAUUGUGUCGGGUCGACUCGUAAAGUGGGCAGUCGAUCUCAGUGAAUAUUCUAUCAAAUACGAACCACGACGAGCCAUAAAAGCCCAAGCCCUGGCCGACUUCAUCCAAGAAGGAACUAAGGGAGCUAGCAAGAAAUGGAUAAUGCACGUUGACGGGUCCUCGGCGGCCAGGGGGUCUG